AUGAGCCUGCCACUGAAGCUCCUGGCUCUCCGCUUCUUUGAGCAGAUGGAGGAGGAGAACCCAACCCCAAUUCGGGGUUUGGGACUGCCCCUUCGAAGCCCAUUGGGUCCCAGCUUCCGCCACAACCAAUCACCGACAAAGGCAAAGAAAAACGACGAAGAUUUGGACGACUUGGCUAAGCAACUCGAAAUUACCCCCGUGUCGCCCACCAGAAGCAAAACCGCUGCUUUGGCUAGCCGCUUCGAACAACCACUGGCGACAGUGCUGUCAUUUAGACUGUCGCCGUCGCUGGCAAGCGCCAGUGUCGAUGAAGCGACCUCGCCUCGACGCAAGCUUGCUAAUGAGUUCAAGUCCAACGCCAACACCAAAUUGCUGCCUAGUCGUGCUAAGGUCACAGAGAACCCGCCUAGUCCGCCACGGCCAAAGAAGAAAGACCCCUUCGCCGAUGAACAACCAGACUGGGCCAACAAGAACUACAAGGACAUUCUUCUGCGCAGUCCUCGGAAGCUGGCAAGUCCUCGGAAAGAAUCACUUCAAUUCAAUACCCCUUCUCAUGUCGCUGAUCCCUCGACCAGCCCCCGGCAAAGCCCGAACAGAAACGCCCCCAAGAUGGCUCCUCCCGCCGAAAAUACCCAUUUAUCUCCAUUAAAGGCACCGUUGGCUGCUUCCGUGCGUACCCCACACAGUUCUGUACCACUGUCGCCGAUCCGCCCUUCGCGUCAAAUGCUGCCAGUGCGCGACAAGGGCGACGGUCUGCCCGCGUACGAGUACUUAUGCCGGAUACAGGCUCUCAAAAAUUGGUUGGAAACCAUCCUUCAAAUUGAGAUCCCUCAACUGGCAGCUGAACUUAUCAACUACGUGCGCAAUGGUAUCUACUUGGCCAAGCUCGCCAAUGUGGUUCUUCCGCUGAAGCGGACGGUUUUCACGAAUGACUCGAAGCUUGAGUUUCGCCACACCGAAAAUAUCAACCGCUUCUUUCAACUUUUGGAUUACAUGAACGUUCCCGACUUGUUCAGAUUUGAGCUCACUGAUCUUUAUGAUGCUAAAAAUGUGCCCAAAGUAUGGUUCUGUUUACACGCUCUCACUUACAUGUUGAACAAGAUGAACCCGGGAUACCCUAAAGCGGAAAACUUAGUGGGAACUUUGGACUUUUCGGCGCUGGAUAUUAGGGUGGCAGCCCGGGCGCUUGUCGGCAGCCCUCUUCCAAACUUUGCAAGCGCCGACAGCGAUAGCGACGACGAAGAUGAGGACUUUGUUGCUCCACCAUUGCCGCCAGUUGUCGGUGCGAGUCCUAGAGAAGCACUGGUGAUGUAUUCAGACCGAGAGCCCGAGGUGGUGUACGUUGAACGUCAACCUGAAGUCGUCUACGUUGAAAAAGAACCGAGGGUAGUGUACAUUGAUUCGCCUCAACGAGUGAUGGUGUCUCUGGGUAUUCAAACCGAACCUGUGCGGGGCUCUUUGAGUCGAUGUGACGUGGGCACCAGCACUAUGCUCCCGCCUCUGCCGCCUCUGCCGCCUCUGGAAACUGUAAUUACCGAGCACGAGGCUGAUCUUACUGUGGUUCGAACCAACUCUCCGCUUACUGAUGCUAAAGACUUCCGUGAUGCCAACGACUAUGAACUCGACAGGCUUAAGGGUGAGAUCACUAAGCUCCAAGCUCUAGCUCGUGGUGCCAACUUUCGGUAUCGGAUGUUUGUGGACAAAAUCAUGCUUAAACUGUACUCAGAGGAGAUUGAAGAGUUCCAGGCGUUGGCCAGAGGCGCAUUGGCACGGACGCACACCGUCCACCGUCACCGCAAAGCUCUCGUACCGUAUAGCAACCUGGUGACGGCGUUUCAGCUGGUCUUACGUCGCCGUUUAGUUGAACAACGCAUGGCCCAACCUCUUUUGACGCUUGCAGUGCCGCAAAUCACCCAGCUUCAAGCGAUGAUAAGAGGUGGCAUUGUUCGCAAGAGUAUCAAUGAUCUCAAAUUCCGCUUACAAAAAAGUCGCCACUCGAUUAUCGGCCUUCAACUGGCAGUUCGUCAAAGGGAGGUAGCAUCAAAGUAUCGCGUGUAUGUAUCUAACCUGCGCUGGUUGUUCCCAUUGAUGACCCGCUUCCAAGCUGCUGCUAGAGGUCACUUGGUCCGCAGAAAACCUACUGCUACUCCAGCAAAUAUGCCUCGUCAAUCGGUGAUGCAAGUCACACGUCUCCAGCUGGUUAUUAGAGGUGAAGCGACGCGCUAUUGGAUGGACCGUGUGCGUCACAAGGUUCGUCGUCAUACUCAUGCAAUUUCUGAGUUCCAAGCAAUUGCCAGAGGCGGCAUAAGUCGUACCCGUAUGUGCGACAACGUUUUGGUGGGAUUAUUAUAUGAGGACCACACCCUCAAUAGAUUAUUCGCCAAGGUGAGAGGCAAUGCUAUGAGAAGAGAAGUGAGACUGCUCAAACGUGAACUUCGCCAUGUGGAAGAGACUUCAAUCCUUCCUAUUCAAAGCAUAUUCCGUGGCAUUUACGUGCGUACUCAGCGUUACUUUUUACAUGAAGAUAUCUAUGAGCAAAUUGGUGAACUUAUUGAGCUUCAAGGUGCUAUGAGAGGAAAACUUGUUCGCGACCAGAUUGAUGAUAUGAACCGCUAUUACGUCCACAAUAUUGCUACUGUGGUAAAGGCUCAGCUGAUUAUGAAAACAUGGAUGACAAAACGGGCGUUUGAUUUGCUUCUUCUGACUAAGAACCCGCCACUUCUGGUAAUUCGUCGGUUCGCAUACCUUCUUAUGGAUGAUCUGGAUGACUUCACAGAAGAAAUGGAACUUUCCGAAAUUAAGGAUCGUAUUGUUGAUAUUUCCAAACAUAAUGAACAGUUGGAACUGCAACUUGAGCUGUUAGACAUUAAGUUGCAAAUGCUUGAGGAAAACAAAAUUACCGUGGACGAAUUUGUGACAAAUAAGGUCAAGCCUCGAGUGAGACCCAUGCUGAUCACACAGAACCUGGGGCUUCCGAAGCUGGUGAGGGAAAAGCUUGAAUUCUUUGCUACAUUGUUGUACUUGUUACAAACUCAUCCGGCGUACUUUGUUCGUCUUUAUGCUCAUAUGGAUAUCGCAGCUAAGGACAAGCCUGAUCUGGUGGACUUGUUUCACUGUGUCGUCGCAUUAUUUCCAAUUAAAGAGGCCAAGAUCAACGUUCACGGGCGGGAGGAAUAUUUUUUCGUCAAGUUUAUUGUUGGCUUAAUGGAGCACGACAUUAAGCACCAUUGCGGGAACAUUACCGACAUUACUCGGCCAUCCAACUGUUGGUGGAUCGAUUACUUUGUUCACCUCAAUUGUCAUACCUACCAGAGACUGCAUCUCAAACUGAUUAUGGGACCGGUGAUGUCGGAGGUUGUUGACGGUGAGCACCUUGACUUUGAGCUGGACCCUGCUCGCAUCUACGCUGAUCUUUUACAACAUGAGUGUAAAGUAAUGGGCCGCCUGGACAAACCCCUGGGUCUUUCUGCUGCAGCAGCAAUCAAGCAGCCCGAAGUGCUGGAGCGUUUUGUGAACAAUUUGAUGCAAUUGCGUGAAGUUGCGACGCUGACUUUGAGUCAGGUACAGAAAGUUUUGAAUCAAAUACCUUUGCAUGUGAGGCUUGUAUGCAAACGGGUGUACGAAGCCUCCCAAUUGCAGUUUCCGGACAAGCUGGCUCAGCACCAUUUGGCAGUCACCGGGGUUGUCUUUGCCAAACACUAUCUUACUCAUAUUUUUAAUGGGCCUGAAAACUUUGGCUACUUGAUGGGCGACCCGUUCCUGCCAGGUACGCUGGUGAACCCACGUGCCAGCAAUAACCUUCGCCAGCUUGCUCGUAUUGUGAUUCAAUUGUUUCUGUUGAAGCCAUUUAGCGAUAACUUCCUCAAGCCGCUCAAUGACUUUGUCGUCAAUACUCAUGACAGCGUGAAAAUGAUCAUACGCGAGGUCAUCAAUGUGGGUGAAAUUGAAGCUGAGUACAAUCUUAGUGAUUAUGACGAUAUCAUCACUACUAGCCGGCCGCAGCUUCUGAUAAGUGUCACAGCGAUGGUCAGCCUCGAAAAGGUGUGCUCACAGAACUUGGACGUGAUGGCGCCUCUGCUCGAUGAUCAAUUAUAUCAAGUGAUGCAUAAGCAGCAGCAGGUUGUGGGGCUGGCUGAUGAUUAUAUGGCAUUGACUGAAAUGGGGGUGAUCACAUUGGACUUGAUGCCUGCCACUAAGGAAGAUACAUGGGCUGACUCCAAAGCACUGCUGCUCUUUACAAUGUCCAAGCGGUGCCUCUUAUACAUUAUGCGGGUGCAACUGGGUGACAACUUGUUGGAGCUUUUGGUACUGCCCAUAUCUGACGAAAGUGAAUCUCGCUUCAGCGAAUUGAUUCAAGAUGACUCAAAGCUGCCGUACCACAAAACACUGCUUGGGAAUCUUAAAACUUUGACCUUACACGAGCUUAAAAAGAAGACACUUGAAAAUCUUAUUAAGCUUGAAAAUUUGGGUCUCAUCACUCGGCAGAAUUCAUUCCAAGAGAUCCUUAAUCGUAUCGCCACUGAUAUCAAAACAAAGGAUACCCAGCGUCAAAAUCGUAAGAUGCAAUUAGCAAUUGCGGUGAAGACAGUGUCAAAGUUAGCUGAGAAGGAACGCAAUCUCAAACGACAAUUAGCUGAUUACAAUCGAGAUGUCGACGCAAUUUUGGUUCACUUCCAGAAACAGCCUAAAGACCGCAAAAUCUUUAACCUUAUUCCGGUUUUGUCGAAACAGUACUUCUAUCAUCGUGAGUUGCGCAAACGUAACAGGUUACCCAAGUUUGGCUCUUACAAGUACCUGGCCAAAAAGUUGAUGGAUCAACAUAUUUUGAAGGACUACAAAAACAUGUCUGGACACUCGAAGGUAGACUUCAUGUUUUCAUGUCAUGCUGUGGGUAGAUUCACGGUGGAAGCAGCUACUGGGCUGGUCACCAUUCCAGGAGCUCUGCAAAUAGUCACCUUGGAUGAGUUGUUGAAUUUGCAGUACGAGCACGAAGAAGAAUUGAAAUUGUUUGAUGGCAUGGCAACAUUUAAGCUGGAAAACUUGAUAGCAAUGAUUUUCCGGAAGUUUUACGAUACCAAUCGCGAAUAG